AUGGUAAUACCACCGUGGAUAAUUAAACCAUAUGGUGACAUAGAAGAAACGAAUGUCAUAAUACAAGAGGAACUGACUGAACUAAGUACAAACGAAGAACUUAAGGUUCAGUUUAAAAACGGAUAUCAGCAAUUCUGGCUGCAAAACAACAUACCCGUUACUUAUCCCGUAUUAUGGAAUAUAGCGAGGACAUUUUUAAUUUCCUUUCCAUCGUCAUACCUAGUGGAAAGGGGGUUCAGCGCUGUUACCAAUCUCCUAACGAAAAAAAGAAACAGACUGGACAUCAUUAGCCGAGGAGAUUUAAGAUUAACCCUUACAAAAUUGUCGCCAAAUGUUGAUAAUUUAUUAUUAAAGCAUCAGGUUCAUCCUUCUCACUAAAAAUAUUGACUUAUUGCUUAUGUUAUUUUAUUUAUAGUUUAUUUUAUGUUUAUUGGUGUCUGACCAAUAAACGCCCGCAUUGGGAAUAAGUGCCCGCAUUGAUUUUUUUAAAGAACCCCCCUUUAUAGAAAAUAUUUUUUUUUAAAAUUAUUCUGAAAAUUCAAGGAUAGGUACACACGAAAAUUCGUUAAUAUUUUGCCUAUUUUUAGAUAACUAAAACGCAUAAGAAGCGGAAUUUAAUCAAACUAACAGUGAAAUUAUUGUAGAACAUACGUUUAUGUUAUAAUUAAUAAACGAACUCGCUUAUUGUACUAUUUUAAGUAAAAAACUUUUGUUUUAUUAUUUUUCACCUUUUUUAUUUUAUCUCUCUUAUUUUUUUUCAAUGCGGACACUUAUUCCCAAUGCGGGCACUUAUUAGUCAGACACCUGUUUAUUUAAUGUUACGUAUAUUUUACAUAACAGAUACAAAAUUUUAUUUUGAGUAGUUUUAAUUUAAAUUCAAUU